AUCUGCGCCGGGCUUCCCGGUGAGAGGGCGCAGUCUGGAAGUUCCGUGCAAUGCAGGGGGCUUUGUUGGCACGUGUUGUGGAUGUCAGCGGUUUCAGAUAGCGCAGCUCUUCAAAUCAGCCUCCCCGUGCCGCUGUAGGGAUUCAGAGCUCGUGUUGUUUUGAGCACCGACUGCGCUUUCGAAAGGAGGUGCGAAGACUGGUCAUGUUGUCACCGCAGCAGCCGUACAUGAGGCGAGGAUGCACACCGUCAUCAAUCGCCCUGAAGAUUGGUUUGCCAGUUCUCAUUAUCCUCAUCAUUCUCAUAGUGGUGCUGUUCGCCGGAGUCUCGUGGAGCCUCCUGAAGUAGUCAACCUCACAUUGGUGUCGGCCGAAAAUGGAACAUUUACCGUGGCCUGGGAGAAGCCUGAAGGCAUCGUCGACGAAUAUUGGGUCCAAGUUAGCGCCAUAGCCGCCAGUGGUGACGACGAUGGGGACGGAGAGCGCAGAGCUGGACUCUGCUCCAACGGCACGAUCCUGAGGCCCGAUGUUACGCAUCUGACGUGUGGUGGCGUUGAACCGUGCACGAACGUUACUGUCACAGUGCACGUGCUCAAUUUUCCACGCCGGAGCAGUUCUACGAGCUCUUCCGAUGGAAUACGGCUGCCGAUCUUCUUCCCGGGAUACGCUCCUGACCCACCGAGCAACAUCUCCUUCUAUAAAUACAAAUCGUCGCCCAUGGAGACCCGAAUAUUGUGGGACCUGGUGCCAGCCCGUCCAGGUGAUGCGGUCCUGUAUGACGUCAGGCUGUGCGACGCGUCGGGACCAUGCGACGCCGUCAACCCCGGCGAAUGCGCGCAGUUCAGGACACCGGACACUUCGCUCACGUUGAGCUCCGACGUGGCGAGCCGGCGCUGCUUAUUCAUGGAAGCGACGACGCAGUGCGCCGGGCAGGUCUUGAGGAGUCAUACUAAAGUCGUGGAAAAUUCCGUUGGAUAAGACGCUGAUUGUGGAACGUGCGCUUUUUGUGUUAGCCGCGUAUAACUUAUUUAUUUUGAUAAUUGGUCAGAAGACCUAGAGAUCACUUCAUUUCAUUGUCAGCCCGGCUGGAUUGCGCGGCGUGGUUAGCAUUUUAUGCUGAGUCUACACGACGCGUCGACGCAGCGGUCUGAUUCACAUUCAUCAACUGAAUACGCACUUGCUGCGCUUGUUGCAGAUAUUUAAUCUAUACGCAGUGCGUAUACACACAAAUGAAAGAGUGUGGCUAAGAUAUUCAGUCUUAGGACAAACUUCGAAGCAAGCCUUUAACAUCUACAAAUGGCAAUCUUUAAUACAUACCGUGUCUGUACAAAAUGUCGUCAGUGGAUACGCAAUAUAUUUGAAUAAAUAUACAAGCUUC